AUGGGCCUCGAAGCGAUCGCCUCGAUUCCCGGGGUGCUCAGCAUUGUGGCGACGCUGCUGAGUUUUGCCGAAUUAUUCUCUAUAUGCUUCAUUUGGGUGGACGGUAGCGUUUACUGGUACAUCUACAUUGACCAUUACGGAUGGCAUCUUCUCUUCGCUCCAUGCGUUUUCACCGUUUUCGUCUUCUCAGUUUUUCUUCUUUUCUCCAUAAUUUUUGGAAGAGAUCUUGUUAAUACAUAUGGAAAGCAACUUACUUUGAUCUGUUACGGUGUUUGCAUGGCUUUACUCUUUGUUGCUGGUUGUUUUAUCGCUUGGUAUGCGUCAAAAGCGAGUAAAGCAAAGAACACUACACUAAAACCUCGAUAUAUUGCAGCAUCGAUAUUCGAUUGGGUGAAUUUCCUCGUCUAUCUCGCGCUUUUCGUUUUAACAAUGCUAUUCCAA